UUCUCCUUCCCCUUUAUCAAAAAAAGACAUCACAAUGACCUCAGCAAUUUCCUAAACAUGCUAUAUAUUUAUAUAAGCUGGAGCCUCUCACACAUUACAAGCUGACCUUCCUUCAUGUAUUCUCUAUCAACAUUAUAUUCCUAACUCUCUCAAAUAACAUUACAAUAUUCUGUCCUUCCAGCUCUAAUUAGUGUUCUCUGAUUCGUUUCUUGUAAUUCAUUCUCUACCAUUACAUCUUUAAUUUUGUUUACAUAUUUUCAUCUAUAUAUAUAGAUAUAGAUAUACAACACAACAUCACUGAGAACAAUUAAAUGGCAAAAGUUAAUCUUCCGGAAGGAGGAUUAAUACGAUAUUGUGUGAUAAUUCUAUCUCUUCUCAUUGGGAAAGCUCUUAGUUGGAAGGUGAGACACUAUGACUUCGAUGUCGAGUACAUGUACCGGUCGCUGGACUGCGUCCAGCACGUGGUGAUGGGGAUCAACGGCCAGUUCCCCGCUCCCACCAUAAGGGCCAACGCCGGCGACACCGUCGUCGUUCGCCUAACUAACAAGCUCCAAACCGAGGGAGUUGUCAUUCAUUGGCAUGGAAUCAGACAGUUGGGAACUCCUUGGGCAGAUGGAACCGCGUCAAUCUCACAGUGUGCUAUCAACCCAGGAGAAACCUUCACUUAUAGGUUCAAAGUUGAUAGGGCGGGAACAUAUUUUUACCAUGGGCAUUACGGAAUGCAAAGAUCAGCAGGGCUGUAUGGGUCAUUAAUAGUCGACGUGGCAGAAGGAGAGAAAGAGCCAUUCCACUACGAUGGUGAGAUAAACCUGUUGCUGAGUGACUGGUGGCACCAAAGUGUUCACGAGCAAGAAGUUGGCCUCUCUUCUUUGCCGUUUCGUUGGAUCGGUGAACCGCAGAGCUUGUUGAUAAAUGGAAGGGGACAGUAUAAUUGCUCGCUGGCAGCGCACUAUAGCAACUAUUCGAACGGGAACCAGUGCAAAUUACGAGGAGGAGAACAGUGCGCACCCCAGAUUCUCCAUGUGCUUCCAAACAAAACCUACAGGCUAAGGAUUGCCAGUACCACAGCCUUAGCUUCUCUCAACUUGGCCAUUGGGUUCCUCCUCAACACUCAAAACAGGGUCAACGGCUACACCAAGUGGGCCAUCAACAAUGUCUCCUUAGCACUGCCACCAACCCCUUACUUGGGCUCCAUCAAGUUUGGGCUCAAGAACGCAUUUGGCAACACAAGCCCGCCCGAAAGAUUUUCCGCCACCUAUGACAUCAUGAAACCCCCGGCCAACCCGAACUCAACAGUUGGCAGCGGGGUUUACAUGCUCGGGUUGGGCACCACGGUGGAUGUGAUACUGCAAAAUGCUAAUGCCCUAUCCGAGAACGUUAGCGAAAUUCACCCGUGGCACUUGCAUGGGCACGACUUUUGGGUUCUCGGUUACGGGGAGGGGAAAUUUUCCACGGAAGACGAGAAAAAUUUGAACCUCAAGAACCCGCCGCUUAGAAACACGGCGGUGAUUUUCCCGUACGGAUGGACGGCUCUCAGAUUUGUCGCGGACAAUCCCGGGGUUUGGGCAUUCCAUUGUCACAUUGAGCCUCAUUUGCACUUGGGGAUGGGAGUGAUUUUUGCUGAAGGUGUUCACCGAGUAGGGAAGAUACCUAAUGAGGCUCUUGCAUGUGGUUUGACUGCAAAAAUGUUCUUGAGUGGUAAGAAUAACUGAGAUUAUUGAUUAACCACUCACAAAUAUUAAUUGGAGCACUAUUUAUUAGAGUUUAUGUACUUCAACAAUACCCUCGGCCUAGAUAGCAUUUUUUUUUUCCUCUUCCUUUCCUUUUUUGGCUUAUUUUUAAGUAUGAAUAUAGAAUAAUUGUAUGCGAGAAGAGUAUUUUAUUGUGAAUGUAUUUGGCUCUUUGAUGUGCUAUCCAUGUAACCCGGACAUAUAUAUAUAUAUAUAUAGCGACUAUUUGGUAUAUUUAUGUAAUUGGAUUGGUUUUCUC